AUGCUCCUCUGCUACGGUUUUUUGAAGAUCCAUGACAGCAUAUCGGAAAGUUAUGUGAUCAAAAACUUGGACUCCAUUGUCAAGUUAGAUGUAUCUCUCAGCUUUGGUGAUGAGUUUGAUGAAGCAAGUGUUUCGUCAAAGAGAUAUACCAUCCGCAAGUUUCUCUCCGGGAUUUCAAAGGUUGCGGAGAUGAUCAUACAUAAAGACUCUUUCCAGACAUUGGAUGAUUAUUGUUCGGAGUUACUUAAUGAGGAGAUACUCAGGGAUUCAUCUGUGCCGGAGUGUUUGAUAUCGUCGCUGGAGUCUGUUGAUAUCAAGAGCAAUAUCUUGGGGUUUUCUGCAGAAGUGGAUCUUGUAAGGUUUUUCCUUGAAAAUUCAGUGAUCCUCAAGAAACUGACUCUACGAGCAAAUGAAACUGUCUUCUUCAACCAAGUCAUGAAAAUCCCAAGAGGCUCUGUUGCAUGUCAAGUGGUCUUACUCCCAGUGGAGCGUGAUGAUUUGUAA